AAAAAAGGCGAAAAAAAGUUUAACAAGCGAAGCACUGUCACAAGAGCAACAAUUGCAACAAAAGCAACAAUAUCAGUAGUAGCAGUAGCACUAACAACAACAACAACAACAAUAGCUACAACAACGUGUUGCUGCCACAAAACGCAGCAGCCACAACGUGAGCGUCAUCGUUGCCCUUCGCACGCCUCUGCGGGUGGCAAGAUGCAGGAUGCCCGGUUGGCUGUCAAGAUUGCAACUAGCACGGCCCGUUCCUGUCAACGGCAGAGAUUCUAUGAACCGAAUGCCGAGGUCCGUUGGCCAAAAGAGGCCAGCCAUUAAAUCAGCAUCCAUCGGCGAGGGUUGCCACUAGAGUAACAGAUACACAACUACCCACCCACCCACAGAGAUACAGUGACUAGGACUAGGACUAGGACUAGGACCGUGGCUAGGACUAGGACUGGAGUGUUGGUUGGACAAACUAUGAUAACGAGGCUCUAUCACACCGAAGAGGAUCCCGCCUACUGCUCCUUCAUCGGUGGCAGCAAUUUAAGCAGCAGCAGCGAUGUCCUUGCCACAUCUGCCAAUGCCACGCCAGUGUUUGGUAGCGACCUGCGGGACGAUUUUUACAGGGAUGUGGAGGAUCCGCGAACGGAAUCGCUGCGUGAAUACUGCUACGGCCUGCUGUUACCCAUCAUCUGUGCCAUGGGCAUUAUCGGCAAUGUGCUCAACUUGAUCGUGCUCACGAGGCGCAAUAUGCGCGGCAUCGCCUAUAUAUAUAUGAGGGCUUACUCCACCGCCGCCCUGUUGGCCAUCGUUUUUGCCAUACCCUUUGGCAUCCGUAUGCUGGUCCACAAGGAUCGAGGACAGUGGGAGGAGUUCGGCCCCGCCUUCUAUACCGCCCAUUUAGAGCUUUAUUUGGGCAAUGGUUGUCUGGGUGUUGGUGUUAUGAUGCUACUAGUCCUAACCAUCGAGCGUUAUGUCUCCGUUUGUCAUCCUGGGUUCAGUAGACCCGUAAUGGGACCACCAGGCGUUGUGGUCUUUUUCACCUGCUUGGCGACCGUGAUUGUCUACCUGCCGAGCAUUUUUCGCGGCGAGCUAAUCAAGUGCAUGCUGGGCUCCAGCGAUGUGUACGUGUAUCUCCGAAGGGACAACACCAUCUACCAGCAGACGCUGUUCUAUCGGGUCUACAAGAUUAUGCUGGAGGUGAUCUUCAAGCUGAUACCCACGGUGCUGAUUGGGGGCCUGAAUAUGCGUAUCAUGAUGGUGUAUCGGAGGACCUGUGAGCGGAGGCGGCAGAUGGUGCUCAGUCGUCCGCAGGCCCAUCAUCAUCAUCACCAUAAUGCCAAUGGGCCGGGGUAUGUGAAGGACGAUGAUCCGCGUAAGUUCGCCGAGGAGAGGCGAUUGUUCCUGCUGCUUGGUAGCACCUCGAUCCUGUUCCUGGUCUGCGUUUCCCCGAUGGCGAUACUGCACAUGACGAUCGCCUCGGAGGUGUAUCCGAGCUUUCCGUUCCAGGUUUUCCGGGCCAGUGCCAAUCUGCUGGAGCUGAUCAACUAUUCGCUGACGUUCUACAUCUAUUGCCUGUUCAGUGAGGACUUUCGCAACACCCUGGUGAGGACGAUCAAAUGGCCCUGGCUGAAGGGCAAGUUCUGCCAUCAGGCCGAGCACGAGGUGAGUGCCAGUCCGCCGGCGACCGCCGGAACCGUUGCCGCAGCCGGUACUGCCACAACUGCAACUGCUAAUCCUUCCCCGGCGAUUCCGGCGAAUCCGGCGCCGAUCCUUCCGACAGACCCGCACGGAGAGGAACCCGAAAGGCUUGCCAAUGGUACGGUUCGAUAAGCGACAGAAGCACAAGCAUCAGUCCCAGCACAACCACAUAACCACCACGUCCGGUUUGGGCCGUUCAAGCAGCAUAUAGGCGAUCUAGAAGCGA